ACCCAGAAAGACGAAAUCACGCGCAAUAAAAAAAGAGAGUAAAUAAAUAUUGAGGAAGAAAGCUGUAGAGAGAAGAAGACGACGAAGUCAAGAGAGAGAGACAACACAUGGCGGAGGAGAAUGAAGAGAGGGUGAAGCUGUUCGUCGGACAAGUUCCAAAGCACAUGACGGAGGAUCAGCUCCUCGCAUUGUUCCAGGAUUUCUCCAUCGUCCACGAAGUCAACAUCAUUAAGGAUAAGAUAACGCGAGCUUCCCGAGGAUGUUGUUUUCUGAUAUGUCCUUCAAGAGAAGAAGCAGACAAGGUGGUCAAUGCUUGCCAUAACAAGAAGACAUUGCCUGGGGCGUCUAGUCCGUUGCAAGUUAAGUAUGCAGAUGGAGAGGUUGAAAGACUAGAGCACAAACUUUUCGUUGGUAUGCUUCCAAAGAAUGUCUCUGAGGCUGAAGUCUUAUCCUUAUUCUCCAAAUACGGAACUAUAAAGGAUGUGCAGAUUCUAAGAGGGUCUCUACAAACUAGCAAAGGCUGUGUUUUUCUGAAGUAUGAGUCAAAAGAACAAGCGGUCGAUGCUAUGGUGGCCAUUAACGGAAAACAUAUAAUGGAGGGCUCGAAUGUUCCUUUGGUCGUCAAAUGGGCAGACACAGAAAGGGAAAGACAAGCCCGAAGACUUCAGAAAGCUCAAUCUCAUGCUUCCAGACUGGCUAACUCUGAUCUGCAAAACCCUUCUCUGUUUGGAGCCUUACCAAUGAGUUAUGUUCCUCCUUAUAAUGGAUAUGGCUAUCAUGGACCUGGAACUUAUGGGUACAUGCUACCACCUCUCCAGGCUCAACCUGCAUUUCAAAAUGUGAUUUCACCAAACCAAGGUACCAAUAACGCAUUGCAAGGAGCCGCUCUGACCGAGACUAUUCCUCCACGUUUAGCCCCCCGUAGGAACUUCCCUCUGCCUAUUGGAAAUUACAAUUAUCAUGGUCUUCAGUAUCCAAUGGCGUUUCCUAGAGGGAUGAUCAGUCCUCGCAUCCCUCUAGCCACGGUGUCAGUGCCACAUGGCAUUUCAAAUAAUGGCACAUCGACACCUCCCUCCCUCCAAACUGAAGGACCGCCAGGUGCAAAUCUAUUUAUCUAUAACAUACCUCGGGAAUUUGGAGAUGAAGAACUUGCGGUUGCAUUUCAACCAUUCGGUAAGGUUGUAAGCGCCAAGGUUUUUGUAGACAAGGCCACUGGUGUAAGCAAAUGUUUUGGAUUCAUUAGUUAUGACUCACAAGAAGCUGCUCAAAACGCCAUUAACACGAUGAACGGUCACCAAUUAAACGGUAAGAAAUUGAAAGUUCAGGUUAAAAGAGAAAACGGCACACAACAACAGAGUAGCAAACCCGUAAUCAGCUGAAAGAUCAUCACCAUCCGCGGGCAGGAAGGUCGGUUAACAGCAAACCGGUUUAGACAUUAAAAAUUUGGAUGGAUGUUGGAUGAGGUUAAACUGGAGUACAAAAGUUGCUGGCCGUUAUUAACAUUUGCCAAUAUAUAAAAAAAAAGCCAAGUCUCACGUGGGUCAUGAACCACUCAAAAAGGCUGUGUAGCUUGCUGCAAAGGGUUCUCUUCCACUUACUUUUUCAUUUUCCUUAAAAUCGCAAUACUACAAUUUGUAAUUUAUGUUUCAUUGAAAAGUUCAUCUUUAAAUCGUAAGAUUUAUUAAUCAUUAAUACAUUCAAUUGUUUAUCGUGAUCAUUU